GACAGGGACGACUCGGACGACGAGCUCGUCAACGUCGUCUCCCUCCCUGGCACCCCUGCGCGCUCGCGUCCCUCCUCGCGCCCGCCGUCCCCGACUAGAGGAGCCGCCGCCCGCCCCCUCCCGCGCCCCCUGCACCUCUCCGCGCGCAAGUCUCCCGCGGACCCCCUGCGGGCGUUCCCCACGGAGAUCUCCCAGCAGAUCUUCAGACAUCUCGCCAUCCGCGACCUCGCCGCCUGCUCCCGCGUGUCCAAGAAAUGGCACAAGAGCCAGACGCUAAACUACGUCUGGUUCCAGCACUACAGAAAGGAGAACUUCCACGACGAGAGCCUCCCGCAGGGCAAGUGGACGAAGCGCGAGUCGAAGCAGAGCUGGAUCGCCAUGUACGCCCAGUUCGUGCUCAGCCGCUCGCCGCCGCUGGGCCCCAUGCGCCCCUAUUCGCGCUCCUCGGGCUACAGCACGCCCACCGCGUCGGGGCACCAGACGCCGCGCGAGCAGCGGGAGGAGCGGUGGCGGCUCGAGGCGGAGGCGGUGGAUAAGCCGGGCAAGCUGGAGAUGCGCGAGAUGUACAAGGAGCUGGGCGGCCGCAAGUCGAAGGCCAAGACGAAGCUGGGCGGGACGGCGGGGGUGCGGGACAAGGGCGGGUGGGACGCUGGCUCGGAC